AUGAAUUCAGCCUAUGCUCAAUCGGAUAAUUGUUCUCGUGAAGUUCAUCUAGCUAUAAGUACAGGCAAACCAUUGAUUCCUCUACAAAUGGAAAAGCAAAAAUGGCCACCAGAAGGUGCUCUUGGUCCAAUUAUGAGUGAAUAUUUGUAUAUACGGUUCUAUGAUCGUAAAACAAACGUUGACAAUUAUUGGCCUGCAGAUAAAUUCCCAGAGCUGCUUGGCCAGAUUCGUUAUCAUGUAGCACCUAAUCUUGAUAUAAUUAGCUCACAGUAUCAAAAUUGGUUUCUACCACAAAUUGAUAAUUUAAUCUUUCUUCAACAAACAGCAAUCGACGGAAACGAUAAAAAAGUUGCUUUGAAAGACAAUAUUCCACUCGAUGUUACUCAUCCGCAGAUCAUGAUAUCGUAUCAAUGGGAUCGUCAAACUGACAUUAUUGCUUUGUACAAACGACUUACACAAUUGGGUUAUCGUUGUUGGCUUGACAUAUUUCAGAUGGGUGGUGGUGAUUCAUUAUUCGAAAAGAUUGAUGCUGGAAUUCGUAAUGCUAAAUGUAUACUUGCUUGUGUGACGCCAAACUAUACAAAAUCAACUAAUUGUCGACGAGAAAUGUCCUUAUCUGAUGCACUUGGAAAGCCCAUUGUGCCAUUGUUACUCGAAGCAACAGAUACAUGGCCUCCGUCUGGUCCGAUGGCACUUAUUUUUACUGAUAAACCGUACAUCGAUUUUUGUCCUUCGAAUCCGAAUUAUCAGAAGAAUGACAUAUGGUCAUCGGUAGAAUUCAACAAAGUGAUUGAUCGACUGAAAACAACUAUAACUGGAGUUCAAACAAAUCAAUCUCAAAGUGUUGUUAAUACCAAGCGAUCAAUAUCUGCCGAAAGUACAAAAAAUGUGGUGCCAAGUAAAUUAUGUUGCAUCUUGUAA